AUGGAAGCUAUAAAGGGAGCAGUUUGGUCAUAUUUACCGGGCCUCCCUGAUGACUUGCUGACUACCCUAAUUGAUGAGCUUGGAGUGGAGAGUGUCGAAGACCUGGCCUUAAUGGAGGAGAAGGAUCUGGUCAGAUACCUUAAACCAAUCCAGUGUCGGAAGCUGCUGAAUGGUAUUAAGCAAGGAUUUGUAACGAUUAAUAUGGAGGUGCUCUCUCCUCAUCCAAUUGCUUCAAGCUCCGCAAACACUCUGGCCUCUCCACAAGCAUUCCGGCCUCCACAUCACCUGUUGUCCAGCCCCCCAAGCACUUCAAGCUCCUCACAGUCUCCACAGCCUGGCAUGCCAUGGCAUGUAGACUUUCGUGUCAACUGGAACCAGAUGCCAACAGCCAUUCAGCAAGCGGUGGAAAAAGAAGUGAGACCAAUGCCAGAUGAGAAAAGGGCCUUUGUAAACGCGUUGGUGGAUCAAAUGAUGCAGCACGAGCGCAACCCAACCAGAGCCAUGUGCCACAGCAUCGUCCGAUUAAUAGUCAGGAGCCACCCAAAAAGCUUUGCUGACAUUAGCAGGCAAGGUGAAGUUGUUGGAGAUGGAUGCCCCUCUCUUCUCCAACAAGUUAAAACUAGAGUGGAAUAUAAAACUAGGAACAACACUCUGGCUCGACGCCGACGAAGCCGAGAGGGAAGAAGGAACACUGGAGUGGCAGGAGAGUCCAGACUGACGAGAGGUCCUGUCGACCAAUACGGGUGUGUGAGGUGGUGCCCAGCAGAGUUACCAGAGGGGGAGACCGAGGCAACGUUGGAGGAUUCGAAAAGGGAUCUGCUAUGUCUGUACACAGAGGAAGGGAUGGGUGGGGCAGAGAGAGCAGAACCUCUGAUGGUGAGGACCUAUAUCAUCCUGCGGAGGUACCUCAACAGAAUGCCUGCACCAGCGAUGUUGGAGGUCAAAGAGGAAUGGCCUUUUCUCUUUUCUCAGAGAGGCCUUUUCUCCCACUUUGGCAUCCUGACGGACGUCAACAUACUUCAGAAGCUCCAAGAGGCCCUGGGUCAGAGAGGACAGACCAUCCUGCAUUUCUGUCAGAAACUGGACAACCCGAAGAUCAGGGAAUUUCUGGCCAGCUAUGAUCCAGAGGGUUCGGAGAAGGUUGCCUGCAUCCUCCAGCUCCUUAUGGUCUACUUUAAGGAGCCUACGGAGAAACUGAUGCUCGAAGUUGAUACCUGUGCCACUGCUGCUGAUGUAGUGAAUACUGCAGCACUCCCAAGCACCCCCUGCUUGAUCAUUCAAGGUGACACAAUGAAGCCUUCUGGGUGGAUGCUAUCCAUCGAGGGACAAGUGGUAAUGGGCCCACACCCAUUUUUUUUGCAUGGGGUAGCUGCUUUAUUCAGCAGCUACUAUGUCUUCAACCUCAAAUAUCCCGUUGGAUCAUGCACACUGGAGUUCAUCCAAAGAUGCUUCUUGGGCAUCAACCCGGAGAAAGGCUCCAAGGCAAAGAAGCGAAGCUCCAUUAACCCUCACGUGAGCACCCUUCACCGGAAGCUGAUAGACUUGGAAUGGUCUGCAUAGACUGCAUGGUGUGCGGGGACAAGUUUAGUGGGAAGCAUUACGGUCAGUUCACCUGCGAGGGAUUAUUUGUUUAAAGGAUCC